CCUUCCCAGCACCACCUCUGGGAAGGAUGGGUUGAACUCCAGCCGGGAAGGAAAAGGCGGCUGGAGCAGAGAGCUCCAGCCGGUGCCACCCGUUCAGCAGGGGCCGCGGGGCUUCGUCCUGGUGCUGGCUCUGCCGCGAUGACUCCCCGCGGCUCACCGCCCCGGCGCGGGGCUCUCUUGCAGAACGUGCUGGCCAAGGCGCUGUACGACAACGUGGCCGAGUCCCCGGACGAGCUCUCCUUCCGCAAGGGCGACAUCAUGACGGUGCUGGAGCGCAACACACAAGGGUUGGAUGGCUGGUGGCUCUGCUCGCUCCACGGCCGGCAGGGCAUCGUCCCCGGGAACCGCCUCAAGAUCCUGGUGGGGAUGUACGACAAGAAGCAGCAGCAGCAGCAGCAGCAAGCGCCUGGCCCUGUGCAGGGACAGGCACCACCGCAGCCAUCGGUGUCCCAGUUGUCUCUGCCUUACCACCACCAAGGCGGCUUCACCCCGCUGUCACCUGCCUCGCAGUACACACCCAUGCACCCUGCUUAUGCCCCACAAGGGGACAACGUCUACCUGAUGCCAGUCCCCACCAAGGGACAGCAGGGUUUGUACCCAGGCUCAGCACCCACUGGACAGUUUCCACCUGCCCCAGCUAAGCAGCCGCCUGCCUACCCGAAGCAGACACCUCCCCAUGCCUUCCCCAGCCCCAGCCAGGAGAUCUACCAGGUCCCCCCCUCACUGGGUCAAGCAGCAGAGGCGUACCCUGGGGGCUCUACCAGCCCUCCCCAGGACGUCUAUCAGGUUCCCCCAUCAGCCAGUCAAGCUCAAGACAUCUACCAGGUACCACCGUCGUUGGACAUGAGGAGCUGGGAAGGGCACAAGCCCCAAGGAAAGGUGCUGGUGCCCACCCGUGUGGGGCAAGUGUACAUCUACGACUCACCCAAGGGCGAGCAGGAUGAGUACGAUUUCCCUCGUCACCUCCUCUCCACAGGCUCCCAGGAGAUCUAUGAUGUGCCGCCUGUCCGAGGGGGUGUCCCAGGCCAGUUCAGCCAGGAGGUCUAUGACACCCCACCUAUGGCAGUGAAGGGCCCCAAUGGGCAGGACCCAGGGCAGGAGAUCUAUGAUGUGCCCCCCAGCGUGGAGAAGAACCUGCACCAAACUGUGUAUGAUGUGCCCCCCUCUGUGAGCAAGGACGUGCCCGAUGGCCUGGCACGGGAGGAGACCUAUGAUGUGCCCCCUGCCUUCGCCAAGCAAAAAGCCUUUGACCCUUCCCGCCACCCUUUCCUGGCCCAGCAGGAGCCCUAUUUGCCAGAGGAUGUCUAUGAUGUGCCACCGGCAGCUGGGAAAGGUGCCCCUGAUCCGCCGCUCUCCCACGAGAUCUAUGAUGUGCCCCCCAGCCUCAAGAAGCUGGGCGGGUCAGCCUUCUCCUCCCAGGAGGUGUAUGAUGUGCCCCGGGACCUGCAUGCUCCGAGCAAGGGCUCCCUGGACACAGAGGGCGAGUACAUUUAUGAUGUCCCACCACAAGUGGAUCGUGAGGCCAAGGGCGCUGAUGCCAAGCGCCUCUCAGCCUCCAGCACAGGCAGCACCCGCAGCAACAUCUCCACAUCCUCGCUGGAUGUGGUGCCCAUGAAGGAGCCAGCCAAGGGAGCUGGCAAGGAGUUCUCCUUGGACUUGGAUGCCGCCAUGGAGACGCUGGCCAAGCUCCAGCAUGGUGUUGGCGGUGCUGUCUCCUACCUCAUGUCCUUCAUCAGUGCCAACUGGCGCAGCCCUGAGCACAUGGAGGCCAAUGCCGCCAGCAUCCGUGGGGCAGCUGAGGGCGUCCGCACUGCCCUCCGGGACCUGCUGGAGUUUGCCCGGGGGGCGGUGGGCAAUGCUGCCCAGGCCUCUGACCGAUCCCUCUACACCAAGCUCAGCAAGCAGCUGCAGAAGAUGGAGGAGGUCUACCAGGCCCUGGCACGGCAUGGCCAAGUGCUGGAUGCUUGCCACUGGGCCCCAAGCGCCCUGGCUGGUGGCAAGCCGGGCACGGAUGACUUGGAGCACUUUGUCAUGCACUCGCGCGGCAUUCCCGAUGACACCAAGCAGUUGGCCUCCUUCCUGCAUGGCAACGCCUCCCUCCUCUUCAAACGGACAAAGCCAGCGGCGGAGAGCGGCGGCCAUGGGCCUCCUCACCCUUCUGACAAGGCCAGCAGUAUCCAGUCACGGCCCCUGCCCUCCCCACCCAAGCUGCUGGCCCAGGAGUCACCCGACGGGCCCUAUGAGAACAGCGAGAGCGGCUGGAUGGAGGAUUAUGACUAUGUCCAUCUCCAGGGCAAGGAGGAGUUUGAGAAGACCCAGAAAGAGCUGCUGGAGAAAGGCAACAUCAUCCGGCAGAGCAAGGACCAGCUGGAGCACCAGCAGCUGAAGCAGUUUGAGCGGCUGGAGCAGGAGGUGACACGCCCCAUUGACAACGACCUGUCCAACUGGAGCCCUCCCCAGCACUACAGCCCAGCACGGGGUGCCCUGUGUCCUGCCGAUCGCCAGCUCCUCCUCUUCUACCUGGAGCAGUGCGAGGCCAACCUCACCACACUCACCAACGCUGUCGAUGCCUUCUUCACUGCUGUCAGCACCAACCAGCCUCCCAAGAUCUUUGUGGCCCACAGCAAGUUCAUCAUCCUCAGCGCCCACAAGCUCGUCUUCAUUGGGGAUACCCUGUCCCGCCAGGCCAAGGCCCAGGACGUCCAGCACAAGGUGAUGCACUACAGCAACCUCCUCUGCGAGAUGCUCAAGGAGAUCGUGGUGACCACCAAGGCAGCUGCCCUCCAUUACCCUUCUCCUGCUGCCUCUAAGGACAUGGUGGAGCGUGUCAAGGACCUUGCCAACAGCACGCAGCAGUUCAGGAUGGUGCUGGGCCAGCUGGCAGCCAUGUGAUGGCACAGGGCUGCUAUCCCCAUAGCCCCCACCCUGUUACCCAGACACACAUCCCCUCCAUGAGAUCCCUCUCUGCCUGGUGUAAGUGGAUUUGUACAUAGAGACUCCCCAUAUGCACCGGGGGUCUGGGGCUCUGCUGUUAGAGGGGUGAGGGGCUGCAGCUGUUAUCCCACUUCCUUUUUUCCCUCCCUCUGGCCAUAGGCCAGGAUUGGUUUUAGAGCCAUGCCCUUAAUGAAGCAAAGCUGGGGAGGUGGAUUUAUACCCACUCGUCCCUGCUGUCCUCUCUCCAUACAAAACCCAGCAGCCUGAAGGCCAUGGGGCCAUGUCCCUGUUGAAUCAGCAUGGGGAUGUGUCUGGCAAGUUGGGAUGAUGCUGUUGGCCACUCCACUGCUGGGGGGCCUCCUAAGUGGUCUCCAACAGCCAGACUUUUAAUGCUGUGUAAGCCACCAUAUGUGGUGGGGCAGGGACAGGUUGUACUAUGUGCCAGAGGCUCUGGAUAAGUGUUCCCAGGGGAAUAAGGGGAUUAUAGGGGGCUUGGGGCAGGAAGGGUCUGACCUGUAUGUUCUCUGGUUUUAACUCCUGUACGAGCUGUAACCGAAACGCAAACCAAAAUUGGUGCCUUUUGAAUGCAGGGGAAGCUUCUGCUGGUUCCCAGAGCUAUGGAGUCACAGCCCCCCAGAACUCAGCCCCCUAGCCCCCAACAGCAUAAAGAUUUGCCUAGAAACCCACCA